UUUCAUUUGGAAGUAUUGUACAGAAGUGGAAGAUGGUUGGAAAUGCAAUGUUUGUAAUGAGAGUUUUAAUUACAAAAAAACAGGUGGCUCAACAACCAAUACUUUGAAGCACCUUGAGCAAGAACAUGGUUUGAUAAGACCAGAAAUUAGUACCAAGUUUAUGCAAAACAUGUCUGAUGAUUGUGGUGAUAUUUCUGUUUACAAUAAUCAUAAU